CACUCGCCCCGCCCCUCGCGCUCUCUGACGCUGUGAGUGGCGGAUUCAGCCGAGUGUCGGUCAGAAGGGACGGCAGAGCAGCGGACGUUUCCUGACUGUACCGGAGAGGACUACAUAGUGCUGCAGAGCCAUAAGGUCCCCAGAUAGGUAUUUAAAUGCAGGACAGACUGGAGAUGCAGGUAAAAAUGGGGAAGAAGCAGAAUGGAAAAGGCAAGAAGGUGGAGGAGGCCGAGCCUGAGGAGUUUGUAGUGGAAAAGGUUCUAGAUAGACGUGUCGUGAACGGGAAGGUGGAAUAUUAUCUCAAGUGGAAAGGAUUCACUGAUGCAGACAACACAUGGGAACCAGAAGAGAACUUGGAUUGUCCAGAAUUGAUUGAAGCAUUUCUCAACUCACAAAAGGCUGGCAAAGAAAAGCCCGCAGAGGGAAAAAGGAAGUCCAUUUCAGACAGCGAAUCUGAAGAAAGCAAAGCGAAGAAAAAGCGAGAAUCGGUUGAUAAACCCAGAGGCUUUUCUAGAAGUUUGGAACCAGAGAGGAUAAUUGGAGCUACAGACAGCAGUGGAGAGCUGAUGUUCCUUAUGAAAUGGAAAGACUCUGAUGAAGCAGAUUUGGUUCCAGCAAAAGAAGCAAAUGUGAAAUGUCCGCAAGUUGUAAUUGCUUUUUAUGAAGAGAGGUUAACAUGGCACUCCUGUCCAGAGGAUGAAGCGCAAUAGACUAUUGCUGAUGUAGGAUUUUUGUUGUGUUCUUUUUUUUUUUUUUUUUUUUUUUUUUUUUUAAUUGACUUUUGGCCUCUUGAACUUAUGGUUAUGUGUUUAGUAUUUUUCUGAUAAACCACACCAGUAAUUCGGCUGAAUGUGGCCCCACAAUGUAUAUGGUCUAUAGAGCUUUUGAUACAUAUGUAUUGCUCUAGGCUUUUUAUAAAUCUGUACAACUGAAGUCUGAGCAUCUAAUGCAAACUUGCAAUCGUUUUGUAGCCUUCAAAAGAUGUGCAUGUUAAUGCUUUAUUCCCAUUACCAUAGGCUAUUAGCACCAGAUUCUGCUUCAAUGUAAGCAGUCUGGAGAACUUUGUAGUAUGUGGAAUGUUUCCUGACUGUAUAUUGUUUACUUCAAUGUAAAUACUGGUGAGCAGUGUUCAAUAAAUAGUUUUAUAUUCUCAA